GUUGCUUCUAUCUGCAGCAACACUUCACUCGACGUACGAGGAUUAUUGACCCAAUUGGUUGUCUGUGGUACAAAGUCACAAGACAUAAAGAGUUCGCCACCUACGGGAACGUCGGCUAAUGGGACCAGCUCUUUGUCAGAUGCCGAGCGGCGUCUGAUCACAUUCUUCCCGACCCGACCAUCCUCACAAUGUCACACUACUCCAUCUCAUGAAGUUUUGGAUGGCCCUUGCACAUGGACACAUCUGCUGCGCAAGAAGCGGGGCCUGCGCCGGCCCAGGAUGAUUCUCCAAAAAUCAAAAGAGCGCAUCAGGCCUGUUUGAAUUGUCGCAAGCGCAAGUCGCGUUGCCUCUUGGACAAUGACGGCUCGAUACCCUGCCUGCGAUGCAAGAGGGACAACCUCGACUGCGUCCUAGGAGGCUCCAACCGCGGCGGACGACGAGUGCGAAAGCCGAAGCCUGUCGAAACCGCGACGCUCCCAACGCUCCCAACCUUCACGGCCCAGGAUGACACACCUUUCAGUGGCAUUGGGAACGUCGGCACGAAUCCGUGGACACAGACCGAGACGAACGAGCAGCAACGUAACGGCGGCGGAACACACGACCAAAUACCGCAAUCCGAGUCUGGCACAUCGUCGGACGAGCUACCCUACGCAAAUCUACAGAACCCUUCGGAUGCAUUGGGCAUACUGGCCAGGGUAGCAGAAGGGAGUUCUGGACGCGCGGAUCUGGCGACGACACAACCUCUCGGGCCAUCGCAACCAACCCAUGUGCCUGGUUCUCUGACUGCUGUCAGCGGCGAUGUUCAGUCCCCACCCUCUUUCUAUUCCUACCGGCUAUUAGACACUGGGGCUCUCACAGUAGCUACAGUAUGUCGCCUACUGUCGCGUUAUCAAGAGAAUUACCACCCGUACUAUCCUCUCGCGCCAGUUCGAACCUUCGAUACUUCGCUCCUGGCAGAAACGGCAAAGAAGGAGCCACAUCUUCUUACCGCAAUCUUGGUGAUAGCAUCUAAGGAUCUCAUCGAGGAAGCACACAUCUACGAAUCAUGUUCAGAAUAUAUGAAAGAACUGGUGUCACACCUGGCCGCUGGAGGUGACGCAGGUGUGGAAGCCGUUGAAGGCCUUCUCAUCCUUGCCGAGUGGGCACCUUACACUCAGAGAACAUCUGGGAAGGUCGGAAAAGGUGAAGAAGACAAGGAAAGUUGGAUGCAUGUCGGUCUUGCUUUACGCAUUGGCUAUUUCCUAGCUCUCGACAAGUACUCAUUCAGGGUCACCGAGAACCAGAGGGACAAGGAUCCGGAACACGAUCGGAAACGACUGAUCUGGACAGCGGCCUACGUCUCUGAUCGACAUAUAUCCAUUCGAAUCGGAAAGGCUUUUUGGUCUCGUGGACCUGGGCCUAUGACGACUCUUGUCCGUGCCGACUAUCCCUCGCUCAUCCCAAAGUCCCCCAACGAAGAGGACUAUGCCAGCAUCUAUCAAGCCAACCUGGAAUUGACACAGCUGUUCAGCAACGUUCAUGAUGUCCUCUACUCAAAUCCCGGAUCAAGUUUCCGAUCUCAUCUGAGCGGCAGCUACAUCAAGUUCAUCGAUGACUUCCGCACCGCCAUAUACGGAUGGAAGAGUGUUUGGGGAACCCUAACAUGCUCACCACCGCUAAAAGCCUGCCUCCUCAUGUCCUACGACUACCUACGUCUUUACACGAAUGCAUUUGCCUUCCAAGCCACGGUGCGUCGCGCCAUGCCCACCGUCGACCAGGCCAUCAUGCAUUCCGAGAAUCCUUCGAUGCAAGCGCCGCAGAGAGUGUUCAGCAACAACGUCGGCGCUGUCGGAGACGCCCGAUUCAUCUACGAAGGCCUCGAUGCCGCCAAAGCAAUCCUCACCACAGCCAACAACUUCGUCGAUCCCGAGAAGUCACUCCGCUACAUGCCCCUCCGAUACUACCUCUACCUAGUAUACGCCGGCGUCUUCCUCUACCGAGCACGCUGCACCGGCGUUAUCGGCGGCGAAGAAGACCGCACCGUCCGCGCCGUGAUCAACGAAACCGUAAACCGCCUCCAACGCAGCAGUCCCGCCGCAACGGGCUCCACGACGCUGCAACACCCAGGCAGCCGCUACAGCGAGCUCCUCAAACUCCUAUGGGCCAAAGUCCCGCGAAAAGACAAAGCAUCCCGCGCGUCCUUCCGCCACCCAGGCACCAACACAGCCAACCUCCCCAACACCGACGGCAACAACGGCAACGGCAACUCCAACAACACCUUCCAAUCCGGCAUGCCGGUCCCCAUGCCCUCGCCCUCGCAGUCCGGCAGCGCGCACACGGGCGAGAGCCCCGCGGUCACGGAGCACAUGGGCGACUUCGGGUGGACGGAUCUGGGUGCCGUGGGCGACUUUGCGAUCAAUGGCGGGGGUAACACAGGGCCUAUUGACGACUCGACGUUCUGGAAUGGGUUCCUGCCGCUCGAUAUGGGUUGGCCGCUCGGCAUGUCCGGGCAGGGCGGCGCCGGGUGGGACGAUAUGGGGUUUGAGGGCCACGAGUUGGGGAUGACGUUUUGAUAUGUUUGAUACACCUUGGAAUUGGGAGGGUUGGUUUGGGCUGGACUGGCUUUUUGGGUUUUGUUCGAGAGACGGAUUUGUGGGGAAUGGUUCUGUUUACUAUAUACCUAGGUACUGUAAUGUCAUGUAUUGGGCGUUAUCUCUCGAAGGAGUGAUUCUGAUGCCCUGGGAGCAGCACGAUUGGCCUUUGAUAUAUCAAUAUACUUG